AUGGACGACGAGGAUUACUCGUGGGUGCGGCGGACGCGCUUCUCCCACUCCGUCGUCCGCUCCAACUCCGGGAGGGAGCAGUUCGGCGCCUUCCUCGAGCAAUUCAACCGCGGCGCCGCGCUCAGGCAGAAGGGCGCCGCCUCGGGGUUCAAGCUCCACGGCCUCAACAUGGAGCCAGGGACGACGAGGUUCUCCACCUCCUCCGUUCCGACGACGAGCUCGGUCUACGCCAAGCCCAAGCCCAAGCCCACGGACAUGUCUUCUUCUUCAGACGCCAACAAGCCGGCGCAGCACGACAAGGCAGCAGUCAGCGAUCGCCCGUCGUCGCAACAAGCGUCGGCGAGGCAGGACGAUGCCAAGGCUGCAACUGCAAAUGGGAAGAAAGGGAGCGGCAACCUCAGCGUGGCCGUCCCUCGGGAACAACCCGCGGUUCAGAGCGCGGAGGAUGAUGAGAGCCCCGGAGCGCUCGAGUUCUCCUUCCACCCCGACAAGCAGAGCCUGAAGCUGCAGCGAGCGUGUUCAAGCCCUGCUCCGUUUCCGCGGAAGAAAAGCGAAGACGCCGCCCUCACGCGCAGCUCGUCGCUUAGUGUGCUCGGUGAGUCGCCCAAGACGAAGCAGAGGGCGAUGUCGCCCCUCCCGUCGCGCCACGUUCCCGAAGUGUUUCAAGAGGCCAAAUCAGCCACCAAGAGGUUCUCCACGCCGCCGCCGCCCCGGAGAGCCGCGUCUUCGCUGGACCUGAAUGGGUGUCAGCCAGCAGCGCCGGUGACGGUGAGGGCACCGGGCAAGGUGAAGCAUAGGAAGGAGGGCCAUCAUGCCAACGGGAGGAUGAAGGUUUCUGCACUGGAGGUGCUCGAGAAAUGGUCCGUCGAUCGCUCCCAGCUGCUCAUUGGGCACAGGUUCGCGUCCGGGGCUCACAGCCGGUUGUUCCACGGAAUCUACAAGGAGCAGCCUGUUGCUGUCAAGUUCAUCAGACAACCUGAUGAUGAGGAAGAUGCAGAGCUGGCUGCUCAGCUUGAGAAGCAGUUCCACACGGAGGUCACCACUCUGUCACGCCUCAAUCAUCCUAAUGUCAUCAAGCUGGUUGGAGCAUGCAGCAGUCCACCAGUAUUCUGUGUCAUCACUGAAUUCCUUUCUGGUGGUUCUCUGAGAGCGUUUUUGCACAAGCUGGAUCACAAAGCUCUUCCUCUAGGCAAGAUCAUCUCAAUUAGCUUGGAUAUCGCAUGCGGCAUGUCGUACAUUCACUCGCAGGGAGUUGUCCAUCGUGAUGUGAAGCCAGAGAACAUCAUAUUCGAUGAGGAAUUUUGUGCAAAGAUUGUUGAUUUUGGUAUAGCUUGUGAAGAAGAGUACUGUGACCCUCUCGCAAACGACACUGGGACAUUUAGAUGGAUGGCUCCAGAGAUGAUGAAGCACAAACCGUACGGUCGAAAAGUCGAUGUCUACAGCUUUGGCCUUAUCUUGUGGGAAAUGUUUUCUGGCACGAUACCAUAUGAAGAGUUGAACCCAUUUCAAGCAGCUUUUGCUGUUUUUGACAAGAAUGUGAGGCCGGCCAUUCCUAGUAGCUGCCCGGCACCAGUACGGCUUCUAAUUGAGCAAUGUUGGGCCUCGCAUCCGGAGAAGAGGCCUGACUUCUCUCAAAUAGUUCAGAUACUAGAGAAGUUUAAGAGUGUUCUUGACAGAGAUGGCACACUCGACAAUAUGCCAAGCUCGAUCUGCCAGCUAGAGACCCACGAUCACAAGAACUGGCUUGCUCAUUGGGUCCAAAAGCUCAAACAUAGCCAGCCUGAUCUCUCUGGGCCUCCUCCGCCAAAACUGUUGUAA